GACGUUACUAUUAUCAUCAUGUCACGAACAUACGCAACACCUGCCGCGAUCAUGACCAUCUCCAUCCUCUUCCCCGUGUUGGGCACUCUGACAGUCAUACUUCGCUUCUUUGCGAGAAAGAGGUCGAAAUCUGUGCUAUGGAUUGACGAUUGGUUGACUUUGCCCGCACUGCUUUUGGAGUAUACGCUUGCGGCACUUCUACUCUGGGGCGCAACAACAGGAUCCUUGGGGGGCCAUCUUCCCCCACCUGCUGAUCCACGCCCAGAGGGUUAUCUCUUUUCGACCUCUGAUCAACAGAUCAGACUACUACAGAUCCAGUAUUUUGCUGACAUAGCGACUGUCUUCGCGUUUGGUUUCACCAAACUCAGCAUUCUCUGCUUCUACCGUAGCAUAUUCUGCAGUAGACGGACCACCAGGACCGCCUUCCACACCGUCACUAUGUUUAUGAUAGCACUCGUCGCGGUUUGGACUCUGGUGUUCGGAGUUUGUACCAUCUUCCUCUGUGGCUCUCGUCCCGAGCAUGCGUGGGCGACGGUUGCCGUCAUUGCAGAAAAAUGCAGUCUGCAGCUCCCACUCCUCGAGGGAUAUGCGAUUUCAGACUUCAUCAUGGACAUCAUUAUAUGGUUACUACCACUGCCACGGAUAUGGUCGUUGAACAUGUCCGUCCGCCAAAAACUGCUACUUGGACUGGUCUUUCUUGUUGGUCUUCUGGCGAUCGCAGCGUCUGCUACACGGAUGAUCAUCUACAUCACUCAUGUCGUCAACGCCUUUGCUGAAUCAGACGGAGAAACACUCAUCACAUACCUCCUGUUCUGGACUAUGGUCGAGUGCGGUCUGGGUGUGAUCGUGAUCUGCCUCCCUUCGCUACGUUCAGUUUAUAGCACAAUCGGGCUUUGUUCGUUUGUCAACAGCUUCAAAAGCUAUUUACAUCGGAAAUCAACGUCAACAACUUCGGGCGCGACACGAAUCAACAGCCUAGAUGCCUCUGUGAAUUCUGUCAGCCUCGUCGCUCUCAAAAAUUCCCCGCAUAUGGCUCUCAGGACGGACUAAGACAUCGAUUAGCGUUGGGCGCAAUGCUCUAGUGUCAGAAAGUCCGCUAGGAUCAGAGCGAACGAUUCGUGCCAGAGAGGAGGUAGAGUCUGCUACGCUAGAGUCG